UUACUUGACAUUACCGGGUUAUUGUCACUUCCCCCGUGUUAAACCUCGGUGGUUUCCCCUCGCCCCCACCCCCUCCCCGGGCUCGGCUCUCUCCAGUUAACUUUGUUCAAACGGCUGCAGCCAGGAGGGCUUGUCCGGGCCUGGGACACAGAUAGCGUAAAGUAAAUAACCACCACAAUUAGGCUGGGGCCGGGAGUUGAUCUUCGUGGCGAGAGAUCUGCUUAGUUACCGUUUGCUGUUUCGGGGCGAUUGAAGGCCGCCGUGCCAAGGACACACACACACACACACACACACACACAGCCACUCUUAACACACGCACGCUGGAUACAAAAGUCUGGAGGAUCUAGGGGAGAAUUGCAGCCGCCGGAUCGGUGCAGCAGCCGCGGCCAGAGCCAUGCGUGUCACGGCCUCCUGAGGGGGGAAAAGGAAGGAAGGGAGGAAGGAGGAAAACAAAAAGAGAGAAAGAAAGAAGGAAAAAAGAAAAGAGGGAGAAAGGAAAGCCGAAGAAAGACGCGGGGUGGUGGAAAGUGUUUGCCUGCUUUUGUCUCGCAAUACAGUGAACUGGAAGAUGGAGAUGGAUGUUAAGGGAGUUUCUCCGUGCCCGGAGCCCAUCCCCCCGGCGGCGGGGUCUGGCGGCUGCCCGCACCAGCGCCCGCACCACCGCGAUGGGCAGCCCGCGGAGCCGGCCCCCGCCGCCGACAGCGGCCACCCGGAGCGGAGGCACGGCAGCGAGAAAGAGGACAAAAAGAGACCUACAGCCAACAAGACUUCUGGUGCUCCUUCCUACAGCAGAUGGUCCAGUUCACAGCCCCAUCAGUCCAGCUCCACAGUGAGAACGUACCAAAACAGUAAAUCGAGAGUGACCAUGAGCCCUGGCUUUAGCUCCCAGUGGAAUAGCAGCCAACCUGCUUGGAAUACAUACACCUUUCCAAGAGCAAGCUUGCACUACCAGUCUCAUGCUAGCUACACCUACUGUGCUGGACAUCCUGCUCAGUCCUAUGCACCAGCUCCCCACCCCAUGGCUCCUCCCAGCCCCAGCACAAACAGCAGCAACAACAGCAGCAACAACAGCAGCGGAGAGCAGUUGAGUAAAACCAACCUGUACAUUCGAGGCCUUCCACCCGGCACCACUGACCAGGACCUUAUCAAGCUGUGCCAGCCGUAUGGGAAAAUUGUAUCCACAAAGGCAAUUCUUGACAAAAACACGAAUCAGUGCAAAGGUUAUGGUUUUGUAGAUUUUGACAGUCCUGCAGCAGCACAGAAAGCAGUAGCAUCUCUCAAAGCAAAUGGUGUGCAGGCGCAGAUGGCAAAGCAACAAGAGCAAGAUCCCACAAAUCUAUACAUCUCAAAUUUACCUGUGUCCAUGGACGAGCAGGAACUGGAGAAUAUGCUGAAACCCUUUGGACAUGUCAUUUCCACCAGAAUAUUAAGAGAUGCGAAUGGAGUCAGCAGAGGAGUCGGCUUUGCCAGAAUGGAGUCUACAGAAAAAUGUGAAGUAGUAAUUCAACAUUUUAAUGGCAAAUAUCUGAAAACACCACCCGGUCUACCAGCCCCCACUGAGCCUUUGCUGUGCAAAUUUGCUGAUGGAGGGCAAAAGAAGCGCCAGAAUCAAAGCAAAUACACACAGAAUGGAAGGCCGUGGCCCAGAGAAGGAGAGGCUGGCAUGGCUUUGACUUACGAUCCAACAGCUGCUAUACAGAAUGGAUUUUAUUCCUCACCGUACAGUAUUCCAACAAACCGCAUGAUUCCACAGACAUCAAUCACGCCAUUCAUUGCUGCUUCCCCUGUCUCUACAUAUCAGGUCCAGAGUACUUCAUGGAUGCCUCAUCCGCCAUAUGUUAUGCAACCAACAGGUGCUGUGAUAACACCAACAAUGGACCACACUAUGUCAAUGCAGCCAGCAAGCAUGAUGGGCCCUCUGACCCAGCAGAUGAACCACCUUUCCUUGGGCACAACAGGAACGUACAUGACUGCUGCUGCACCUAUGCAAGGGACCUACAUUCCCCAGUACACUCCUGUGCCUCCAACAGCUGUCCCUAUUGAAGGUGUUGUUGCUGAUACUUCUCCACAGACAGUAGCAUCUUCAUCACAGGAAGCCAGUGGUCAACAGCAACAGAUGACAGUGGAAACAUCCAGUGAACAUGCGCCUGCAUAUUCUUACCAACAGUCUAAGUAA